UUCAAAUAUUCGUUUAUGGCAUCAAUGGAACUACAUCUACGCUUAAUGAUAUCACGACGGAAACUAAGAUUAUAGAUAUUAAGAUAAAGGUGAAAGAAAAGACACCAGGUGUAGAAAUUGAGCAUCUACGUCUCAUCUUUGCCGGGAAAGAACUCGAAAAUCAUUACACAGCGGGGCACUAUAAAAUAAAGCAACGCUCUACACUUCAUUUGGUCGUUAGACUCCCGGGCGGCUCAAAUGAGAACAGUUAUAGCUCCGACGACGGCGUAGAGCUUACUAACGAACCCGACAUGAUCACUUGGGAUGACGACCCAGAAAACUUACGUGCAAAGAUGCCAUGUGGCCACGCUAUUAAUCCUGAAUCCCUGACUGCCUUUUGCAGAUCACUUGUUAGCGAAGGCAAAUUUCAAUUUUUUUGUCCGUAUACUGACUCGACAACCGAUGUUCGUUGCCUUGUGGAAUGGCAAUAUGCUGACAUCCGCAAGAUAGGUCAGCUUACUGACGAAGAGUGCAAACAUUUUGAGACCAAGAUUAGUGAAAAUUAUGCUCUUCGGGCUCUCGGUGUUCAAGAAUGUCCUCAGUGCUCCACAUGUUGUGAGAGAAGAGAUAAGAAUCGGACAUCAGUAAUAUGUUUGAUAUGCUCAAGGAGGCCGGGCGCUAGUGAAUUCGCAUUCUGUUGGUACUGCUUGCACGAAGUUAAGAGUUACCAUGGUUAUCGUUGUAAUAACGAUUUCUGUGGAGGUGUCGAUCCACGUCUAGCCAUUCUCAACAAUGCGGUCAAAAAACAAGUAGGAAACGUAUCCGGAGUGCCAUCGUGCCGCGCAUGCCCGAGAUGUGGUACAAUUAUCGAACAUGACCGUAACUGCAAGCAUAUGAAAUGUCCUUGCGAUCAGCAUUUCUGUUUCAUUUGCCUUAGCCUGCGUGACCCACAAACCGGCUGGUCAUGCGGUGUAUUCAAUAGUGUAUGCAAUAUUGCUCCAGUACAGACCACUAUCCCCGGCUUAUAAUAUUCUUAUUCCAUACUUAAUAUUUUUAUUAUCAUUAUUUGUGAUCAAGAUUAUUGGGUCGGUCACGGGGAACAUAUCGUUUAUUAUUAAAUUGUUUUGUACUUCAAUUUUUAUCUUUUUUUAUUACGGAUACGAAUAAUGAUGGGAAGAAAAUAAGCCUCGAAAUAUUUUUGACAAACGUG